CGCAUUCACGUCAACCGCCGUCAUCACUCAUCACGUCAGGUCGCCUUUCUCUUCGUGAAUCUGCCACUGCUGGUUGAACAUCGUGCUCUGCUAAGAUCGGACGUUUUCCCGUUGAAACUCACGUAAAAAAUCGCUAAAAAUGGCCUUCGGAGACGUCAAGACCCCCAAGGGACUGCAGGAACUCAACAACUUCCUCGCCGAUCACAGCUACAUCGAGGGAUACGUUCCAUCGAAGGCCGACCUGUCGGUGUUCGAGGCCCUGGGCAAGGCUCCGGCUGGAGACUACGUCCAUGUUCAGCGCUGGUACCGUCACAUCGCCUCGUUCAGCAGCCAGGAGCGUGCUGCUUGGGGAGGCCAGGCCCUGCCACAGGUGGCCGGAGGCAAACCGACCGUUGCUGCCCCAGCCAAGCCUGCUGCUGCCGCCGCCGAUGAUGACGACGAUGUCGAUCUGUUCGGAUCGGAAGAUGAGGAGGAGAGUGCCGAGGCCGCCAAGCUGAAGGAGGAACGUCUGGCCGCCUACAAUGCCAAGAAGUCGAAGAAACCCGCCCUCAUUGCCAAGAGUUCCAUCCUCCUGGACGUUAAGCCGUGGGAUGAUGAAACCGAUAUGAAGGAAAUGGAAAAGAGCGUCCGGACCAUCGAGAUGGACGGUCUGCUGUGGGGUGCCGCCAAGCUGGUCCCGGUCGGUUACGGUAUCAACAAGCUGCAGAUCUGCUGUGUCAUUGAGGACGAUAAGGUUUCGGUCGAUGAGCUGCAGGAGAAGAUCCAGGACUUUGAGGACUUUGUCCAAUCGGUCGACAUUGCUGCUUUCAACAAAAUCUAAGUGGGAUAUGAAGUUUCGGUUUAUAAUAUCCUGACUUAUUUCCAUUAAAGUUUCCUUCAAUAAUAACAUAA